GCUUACUUCACGUCUAAACUCAUCAGUAAGGGUGUGGUACAUACUUUCUACUUCACAGAUGCAUCCUAUGCUGUCUUUCUGUAGCAUGCUCCUAUCUUCUGCUUUGAACACAGAACGUCCUGAAGAUGAAAUAAAAAAAAUACAGCCUGUGGGAACGGCGAGAAAGUAGAAGAGCCUGCCGAGACCUUGAAACUGACUGAACAAGAUGCUGCUGAAGGGCCUGAUCAUUUUGCCUCAUGUUCUUUGCUUCUUGUCAUCAUUUGCUGCGGCAGGGCCAAUGUUCCUGCUGACCACUCCUUUGGAAAUUCGCCCAGGAAAAAAUGUUAUUAUAGGAAUUGACCUGCUACCAGAUAGUCCACCUGUGGUAAAGGUUGAAGCUGAAAUCCUAAUGGACAAUAUUACAUUGCUUCAAGAGCAAGGAUUGUUUCAAAAGGGAAUUGUUGGAAAACUAGUCCUCCCACCACUUUCCUCAGAUAGCUUCUAUGGGAAUUAUGAACUUCAAGUAAAAGGAUUUUUUGAGAAUAAGAUGAUAUUUUUUAAUAGAACAUCGCUUGACUUCAAAUCUAAGAGUUUUUCUGUCUUCAUUGAGACAAAUAGCGUCUUUUACAAACCUGGCCAAGAAGUAAAGAUUAGGAUUUUGACCUUUUCCACAGAUUUGAAACCUUACACAUCUACAAUUGAUAUACACGUUAUGGAUCCACGUGGAAACCUAAUAGAGCAAUGGCUAGAAGAAAAAUCUGAGUUAGGAGUUGUGUCAAUCUUUUUCCAACUAAGUGAUAAUCCACCACUUGGAGACUGGUCAAUAAAAGUAAAAUUGCAUCAACAACUUCAUUAUCAAACCUUUACUGUAACCCAUUAUGUUUUACCAAAAUUUGAACUUCUCCUGUCCACGCCAACACAUCAUUCAAUGAAAACUGGUUUGUUAGAAGGUACAAUCACUGCAAGAUAUACUUAUGGGAUGCCGGUAAAAGGAAAGCUUGCUAUUACCUUACAUUAUAAUACAUUUCAUCAGAAGAAAAACAAUAUAAGCAAGCAAUAUGAGAUAAAUGGUUUUUCAAAGUUUAGCUUUACUGAUCAAGAUCUGCAAAAGCUUAUGAAAUAUGAACAUACACAUUCUGAAACUUUACCAUUUGGUGGUCCGGUGGAUGUCGUCGCCAUAGUUACUGAGGAUCUUACUGGUAUAUCUUUGAAUCAAACGUCCAGUGUGUAUGUUGUCAACAAAGAGUACUACAGUGAAUUUUACAAUUAUCCUACGGUAUUGAAACCUACACUGAACUUUACUACUUAUCUCAGGAUAAAGAGAUAUGAUGGGCGAGACCUCACUGCAGAAGAAAGGAGGAAUGAAGUUUCUGUGACAGUUACCCAAUCUAAAAUGUUUUUCACAGAUGGAAUGUUUAAUGUAAUAACAGAGGAAGAAAAUAACAUAGAGUUUCAACAGUUUUUCACUUAUUUCAUUCCUGAAAACGGUAACAUUAAAAUUGACAUUCUUUUAAAUUCUGACACAGUCCAUUUAAAGAUCAAGGCAGAAUUUUUGGACAGUGUAAAUUCUAUAGAUGUUGAUGAUGUGUUUAACUCACCAAACAAAACAUAUCUUCACAUAGAAAAUACAAACCAGAAUGUAAAGGUUGGAGUACCAUACACCAUUGAAGUAAAGAGCAACACACCAGUGGAUGCAAUAAAAUAUUUGAUUGUAUCUCGAGGAGAAAUUGUCUAUUUUGGAGUUGAGAACUCCACUUUACUAACCCUGAUUCCUCAAAGUUCAUGGACUCCUGAAGCAUGUCUGAUUGUGUACCAUGUAAUGAAUGAUGGGGCAGUUCUAAAUGAUGUUACAACAAUAUCUGUCCAUCCUAACUUUGAAAACAAGAUUUUCGUAUCAUGGAAUAAAGUGCAAGUCAAUCCAUUUGACAAAGUUUCUCUGAUGAUCAAUGUGACUGAGCCAAAUUCACUGGUUGGGCUUUCAGUUUUAGAUAAAAGUGUACUGUUACUUGGAGACAGACAAGAAAUUACCACAAAACGGGUAUCUGAUGAACUGAGAGACUAUAAUACAAUAAAUCCUAUGCGUGUCACCAGUCCUCAGCGUGUUUUUGAGAGAUGUAAUAUAGGAGUUCUUACAGAUGCCAUCCUUGAGAAAGAAGAUGAAUAUGAUAUAUUGGUGAAAUCAUACCCUAGAUCGGACUUCUUGCCCACUUGGCAUUCUAAUGAUUUUGGUGGUUUUCGUAUCAGAUCUUAUUUUCCUGAGACAUGGAUUUGGGAGAAUAUUAAUUCAGGACGAGAAACCUCUCUACAAAUAGACACUGUUGUACCAGAUACCAUCACUACGUGGAUCACAAAAGCAUUUGUCAUUUCUGAGAAUUUAGGAUUUGGAAUUUUGGAAUCUUCUGUGCAGUUGGAAUCAUUUCAGCCGUUUUUGGUUUCCUUAAAUCUCCCUAGUUAUGUUACAAGAGGAGAACAAUUUGUCUUGGAAGUUGUUGUCUUUAAUUAUUUGGAAGAAGAUACUGAGGUUUCUGUAACCCUUGAUCGAAGUGAUGCAUUUGAUAUACAAAUAUCGUUUAUAAAUGCAACUGGACCUCAACAAACUGUAUUGGUCCCAAGUAAAGAGGGAAAAACAGUUUUCUUCCCAGUCAGGCCGAUUCAAUUGGGUGAGAUUCCAAUGACAGUGAAGGCCACAUCCUCCCUUGCUUCAGAUGCAGUAACUCAAAAACUCAAAGUCCAGGCUGAAGGAAUAGAACAUUCAUAUUCACAAACUUUGCUCUUGGAACUGAUCAACAAUAAACCACAAAUGAUUUCAAAGUCUUUGAAAUUUACAUUCCCGCUUGAUGUAGUAAGUGGGAGUGAAAAGACAUUUAUCACGGUUGUUGGUGAUAUUUUGGGACCAUCUGCUGCCAGCUUGCAAUCAUUAGUUCAGUUGCCCUAUGGUUGUGGUGAACAGAAUAUGGUGAGAUUUGCCCCAAUAGUCUUUAUAAUGGAAUACCUAACUAAUACCAGACAACCAAAUGAGCUUGCUCCUAAACUGAUUUCAUACAUGAAAGAAGGUUACCAGAGAGAACUUAUCUAUCAAAGAGAAGAUGGGUCUUUUAGUGCCUUUGGAAACGAUGAUCCUGCAGGAAGUACCUGGUUGUCUGCCUUUGUCCUGCGCUGUUUUUUAAAAGCCCGACCAUUUAUACUUGUUGACCCUGUGGUUCUUCAUAAUACUCUUACAUGGCUUUUGAUACAUCAGAAGAAAAAUGGAGAAUUUUGGGAACCUGGUAGAAUAAUAAACACUCAACUGCAAGGUGGCGAAUAUAGUCCAGUUACAUUGACUGCUUAUAUAAUGUCAGCUCUUAUUGAAUAUCCUGGACUCUUGAAUUCUUCUCAAAUAACAGCUGCUGCAAAUUACUUGGAGUCUCAAAUGAAUGAAGUCAUCUCAGAUAACUACACCCUCAGCCUUGUGACAUAUGCACUAUCAUUGGUUGGAAGAAAUAAAGCUAAAGAGGGUCUGGACCUUCUGAACCGCCGGGCAGAGCACAAUGGCAAUGUAAGGUUCUGGAAGUCUAAUAUUCAGAGAGCCCCAGGCUGGUGGCAACCAAGUUCUGUUGAUAUAGAAGUUGCAUCUUACGUCCUAUUGUCACACAUAAUACAGAAUCGUGUUUCUGAGGGAGUAGCAGUGAUGAAAUGGUUAAGCCAACAAAGAAACCACCUUGGAGGAUAUUCUUCUACCCAGGAUACUGUAGUAGCUCUGCAAGCAAUGUCCUCCUUUGCAUCUAAGUACUCUUAUAGCAAACCGGCACUGGACAUUUCAGUGGAAGGGGAUCGGAUGGAUUCUCUAAGUUUCAGAAUCAAUUCUGAGAACUACAUGGUGCUUCAAAGUAAACAGAUUGCUGUUGGGAAAGAUAUUAAUAUCACAAUCCAUGCGGAAGGAGUUGGAUUUGCCAUAUUGCAGAUGCAUGUUAUCUAUAAUUUGAGAAGCUCUGAUCCCCAAAGAAACCGCAGAUCUACUGAAAGUAAAGAUUAUUUUGAUUUAGACGUUACUAUACUGGAUAGUAUGGAAAAUAUAAAUGUUGUGACUUUAAAUGUAUGUACAAGGUGCUCUGAAGGUGUAUCUUCUGCUCAGACUGGCAUGGCUAUUCUACAAGUGGAUUUACUUAAUGGCUUCAGUUUAGCUCCAGAUGGUAUUUUGCUAAAAUAUCCAAUUAAAAAGGUGGAAACAGUCGAUGACAAAGUCAACAUAUACCUUGAUUCUCUCAACCAAACAGAAGUUUGCUUAGAUAUUCCAGCAAUUCGAAGUUCAAAUGUUGGCUAUACCCAAGAUGCUUUUGUAUCAGUCAUUGACUACUAUGAACCUGGGAGAAGGGCUGUAAAAAACUACAAUUCUGAAGUAAUGAAGACAUUGUCCCCUUGUUCAUUCUGUAAGGAUGAAUGUAGCAUAUGUUUGGAAGGCAACGAUGCAUCUCAACCAUCUACUGCCCCGUCUUAUUCCUUAUUGUUAUUUAUAUUGUUUGUCAUAUGUAUGUAAAAAAAACUAAUUUACAGUAGUAGCAAUGUCACAUUUCAUGUGUGUGUCCUACAGGUUUACUGAGCAGUAUUUCCAAGUGUCAUUGGUUUCUUGCACCAAACAAAGUUGUGUAUAUGUAUAUGAGGAACCAGUGAUCAUCACUGCUUUAAAUAAGAAUCUGUAUUUACAUGUAGUUUUAUACUGACAUUUCUUACGUUAUGCCACCAGCGCAUUUGAACAGCAGUUAUCUUUUGUAUUAUAUUUCUGAAAUCACUUUUUUUAUUUCUCAGAUCUAUUUUGCCGUCUCUUAAGAAAUACAAUUAUUCAGUUUUUCUCUUUAGUUUUAGGCAACAAAAAUGCAAAAGAAAUGCAUACAGAUAAUAAACUGCUGUGGUAUUAGAAUGCUUCAUAAUCCAGGUCUAAAUCCAGAACUUCAUCUUAAAUUUAAAUGCCACUUUUGAUAGAAGUAGACAGCUUAUUCACCCCAAUUUAAGAAUCAAGGCGUAAUAGAAUUGCCUAUCUAGUAAACAAGGGGGACACCCCAAUAACAGUAAAAUUUGAAAGCUAAUUCACCCCAUUUUGAGAAUCAAGGCCUAAUAGAAUUGCUUAUCUUUUAAACAAGGUGGACUCUCCAAUAACAGUAGAAGUAGGCAGCUUAUUAACCCCAAUUUGGGACUCAAGGCCUAAAAAAAUUGCUUAUCUAUUAAACAAAGAGGACACUGUUCAAUGAGAUAGCUCUGUGCCCUAAAUAGGGAUUAUUGCAAACUAUGCUGUCUCCUAUGGAUCCAUUCAAAAUCAGAUUACAGUCCCUGCAGUCUCCCUAUAAUCUCCCAACAAUGUGUGAAAACUCUGCCUACGACCUCCCUACACUGUCCCUGCACUCCCUGGAGCAGCAUUUCUAGACAAAGUGUAACAUUUAAUAUAUUUAGCACAAAGUAUACCAACUCAGACUCAAGGAAAACUGACACCAAGUAUUAACCUCAUGAUAAAUUCCCCCCUAUGUACACAAAAAAAAAGUCUAAAACAGGUUUUGUGAGUUUACAUUUGACUGUCUCACUUGUUAAAGGGUUUGUGCAGUACUAUGAUAUUGAUGACCUAUCCUUAACUGUUGCUUAAAUGGGAUGUACAGUUGUAAUUACAUCUCACCAACGCUACAAGUUAGAUGGUGUAGAGUUAAAUAGUAAAAAGGAUGCAGCACUCACACAAGCAUUGCAACCGCUUCAAACUUGACGAGGGUCCAGAGGGUCAAACCCCUUCCCAUCUGAUAUUGAUGACCUAUCCUGAUGGUAUACAAUGUCACCUGUACUUCUGAGUAUUUAGGUGGUGCCAGGUGGAGGGCUUGUAAAGCCAAACAAUUGAAAUAAAAGAUACCAUGGCACUCAAUGGAAGCUUUCAUUAAUAUGUUUGCUUUAUUUUACAUACAAUCCAGUGAGGUCCAGAAUAUCAUAUAUGAUAAUAGUAUGUAGCCACUCAUGAAUAUGGACAUCCAGCAUUUCCAUGACUGCUCCACUUUAGCCACAGACUCAUGUUGCUAAGGAAGGUCAUCUAAAACCGAAAUGUCCCUAUUCAUGGGUGGUUGCAUACUAUUAUAAUAUGUAAUAUUUUGAACCUCACUGGAUUGUGCCUAAAAUUAAGCAAAUCUAUUGAAUCAAGCUUCCAUUGAGUGCCAUGGUAUCUUCCAUUUUGACUAUCCUGAGGAUAAGUCAUCAAUAUCAUUGCAGUGCACAACCUCUUUAAAGGAACUUUCAUAGUUGAUGCUUGAGCUUUUAGCGUUAGUAGUACUGUUGUAGAUGACUGUGAGGUUAUUUAUGUUUUUGUACCUCUACAAUUGCUCCCAUUUCUACAUUCACAUUAAAAUGUUUUGUUUUAUUGCUACUGUGAAAUGUGGUUAAAUUAUUUUAUUUCUCAAGGUGUAACUGAGUAUUUCAGUUCACACUGGAACACAUUUACUUAGAUUUAUCUGUUCUAUCAACCUUUUUUGCUGACAGAUACAUUUCCUGUUAUGACGUUAUAUUAGCAUUUUGUGACUUAUAUAAAUUUGUGGUUAUACGUGGCACAUAUGUAGGUUGCUGAAGUAUAAAAUAUUUAUAAGUAGAGCAAAAAUUACUAUAAAAUCAUUUUACGAUGGUAUCACUUUGCCAUUAGUUAAAAUAUUUGCUGUAGUAUAAGAGCCCUUUUACACAUACUAUUGUUUGGGACAAUUAUUGGGGACAAAAAUUCAUAUGAACACUUGUUCCCACCAUUGCCAUCAAUUAAUUCACUGCCUGGGGGGAAAAAUGCUAAAAGGAAAACAUAUAUAACUUUAUUGAGUAUCAAAUGUAUACAAACACAUAUGGGGGUAGGGACAGUCAUGCCGCCACCAACAGGGUGGAGGCGUCUCUGUUAACUCUGAAUACCAUGCUUUCUUUGCUCCUGAUCAGCUUAGUAACACUAGGUGAAAUGUUUUGAGCGGAUAUAUAGAAUAAAGCAGGGCUCCCUGUACUGCAUAGAGCUAGGCUGAUAGUAUAUAGCCCAACUCAGGUAUAGUAAUUACAAAUUGAGCGUCUUGCCACUUUAGAUGCCUCAAUAUAGCUAGUUGUGUUGGUAGGGGCUUUGAGCAAUUUAGCAAUUUAGUCUGAGUCACGGGACCUCCACUCCAGCUGUGAGUUACCUAUACUAUCACAGUUAUCACUCUAGCUGUACAGGCAGGUGCCAGUGCGUGGCGGCUUAUAUUAUCAAUAGCCCUAUACCACCGGCUGAUUAUAGUGGCCUGGUGGGGAGGGUUUGGUUAUACCUACUAUUAGUGGCACUUGUGGCAACCAGGGAGACUAGUAUAUAAGUUGUAUGGUCCUAUCUCCUUUACAAUUUUCCCCGGGAGACCAAUCAUGCCACUGAAUCACCCUCCGCCCUCUUUUUAUGUAGGCACAGUGCACAAAAGAGUGUGAGGAACCGGUUCACACAGCAAAUGUUUAAAGUUCCUACUGGGACGAUAGAUGAUCAGGUUACACUGUAUCAUUGCUAUAUUUGGCCACACCACUUGACCAUUUCACUACCCCCAUAUGUUUUUUUAUACAUUUGAUACUCAAUAAAGUUAUAUUUGUUAGCGUUUUCCCCACGCAGUGAAUUAUUUGAUAUUUUUGAGAAUGCCUAAUACCUUAUCUUUUGGCCGUGAUUUUGGUGCCACCAAUUACCCGAAAAAUAGCAAACACUCAUUUUAUAAAACAAAAACUGCCUAAGGACCACCAGAACAUCAAUGUUUUACAGGUUAGAGCAGAGCUAAAGCCUGCCUAUUAGUGUCAGUGACAUCACCGGGAACACUGCUAGGCGGAAGCCUCCACCUAGCAGAGACCCAGUAUGUCACCGGACCUAAUUAAAAAAAAGAAUGCACAAUUUAUAAAUAUUCAAAAAUUUAUAUUGGUAAUGGAAUAGCUGGACAUGCGCCAAAACAAACAAGAUAU